AACGAUUUAAUUGCAACGGCGGACGAAAUAGUUUACCCUAAUAGGAUUCUCGAAACAUCUUCAAAACUGCGGUAAGUGUUGUUAAACGAGUGUCUAGAAGUCACAUAACAUAUCGCAAACACACGGCUGGUACUAGUGAGCUAUCAGGUGCAGCACAGGUGCCAUGGAGGCAGCAGGAAGCGCACCAUAAGAGUCGACAGACAGCGCAGCAAUCAACAAAAACCUUACAAAACCUGUGGCUGCUUCAGAAUAAGAUCUGCCAGUAGCAGUCUGCAGGCAGCUCACCAUGGGGCAGGAGAAGAGUGACAAAGACAUGAUCCUUCCAGCCAUUCAACAAAACCGACCUGCUUUGUCAUGGGAAAUGAAAAUAAAGAAAAAGUUGAUCGUUCCUGCUUGUCUGGGCAAAUUCAGACCGACUGUUGGCCAGUGCUGCCACCAGUGCACCCCCAACAGUCUGUGCAAGAAGAUCGGGCCAAACUCAUUCCUCGGCUUCCACAACCUGCUGAGUGUUAAAGAGACCCACACCAGGUAUCGAGGCUGGCUGGUGCGGAGGGUGUGCUGCGCGCUGUUCGUGAGUGGGUGCAAGGUUUACGCGAGUCCUGUUAGCAACAGAUUGGAGAGAGUCUGUCAGAGCAACAGUGUGAAGGAGGCACUCUCAGCAGAGCAGAAAGCGCCCGAGGGGAGUGACAGCCGGGGGCAGCUCAGCCACCUCUCACCAUUCCUCCCCCUCAUUAACACCAGCAUCUCCUCUGGCCUCUUACGAUUCCUGAGCUGGGUGCUGCUGAAGAUGUUUUCUUCCGUGUUUGGCAGUAUUCAAGUUAACCUCAACCAUCUGCCGGCUUUGCACAGAGCUUCACAAGAGGGACCUGUGCUGGUUUAUGUGUAUUCGCAUCAGAGCGUCGUGGACUGUGCUCUCAUCUCUCUGGUACUCUUCUGUCACAGCCUCAGAGUGCCAUACACUGUUUUCCCGCUCCACGUUACCAGCUCCUUCAUAAGAUCAAUCCUGCAGAAAGUCGGUGUCCUCGUACCGCCUGCACUGACGAAGGAGGAUGCUGAGACUGACAGACUGCACGCCCCCGUCAUGACCUCUCUGGUACGUGAGCUGCUACAGGAGGGUCAGGCCCUAAGUGUCGGCGUGGCAUCGGAGUCUGGCCGGGGCGGCCAGUGGCUGGCUUCCAUCAGACAAGUCAUCAAAGAAGGAUCUGUCCCCGAUGUCAGUCUGGUACCUGUGGGCAUCUCCUACGACUGUGUGCCAAAGAGCAACACACAGGUUGGCCUCAGCUCUGUGUUGCGCUGCCUGUGCUCUCUCCUCUGGAGGAGACCGGAAGGAAUUGUGAGGAUCGACCUCGCCCAGCCUUUUUCUCUCAAGGAGAUGUGCGAGUCGGGGAGGUGCAGAGUAGUUGAAUGGCUCCCUCUACAGGACCUGUUGCUGCCGGUUAUCCUCAACAACAGACCUGACUGUGUGUUUGGGCGGAGGAGGAUGUCGUGGCUUCUUCCUUCUCCUCAUUAUGCGUCUGAACUCAAAGAGCCAGCUGAUCCGGAGAGAGACCUGAGCACCGCCGUCAUCCUCCACCUCCUCUUCUCGGCAGCCUCCUGCUCGGCUGUGAUGUCCACCGGUCUGGUGUCCAGUCUUUUGCUGUACAGACACCACAAGGGUGUGAGUGCCUCUGCCCUGUGUCGGGAUGUGGCCUGGCUCACAGAGGAACUCUUGUUCAGAAACAAGGACAUGGGUUUCAGGGGGAGUUUGAAGGAGGUUGUCCGCUCUUCCCUCUCUCUGCUCGCCCCUCAUCUCACCAUAGCUGCAGUGCCGUCUCGGAAAGACCCUUUCAUUGUGCCCCGUCCUUCUCUUGCUGCGACACUUCACCUUUCCCUCCACGCCCAGAUUGUCACACACAGCUUUAUUUUGGAAGCUGUUGGCGCGUGUGUGGUGUCAGCCAUGCUGUGCGAGGUGGUGUGCAGCGGCGUCAGCAGCAGAGUGAGGAGUGACAGUGUGGACGGAGAGCAGGUCAGCGAUGACAUGAAGUGCGAUGUGCUGCUCUGCGAGUCGGAGCUGACGGAGAGAGCCCUGCAGCUCUCACACCUCCUGCCUCCGGGCUUCCUGCCACCGUGUCAGUCUUCGCAGAGUUUUGCUCUGGAUGCCAUCGACAGUCUCGUGCGCUGUGGCAUCCUGAUCAUCGAGGAGAUUCCCAGAGACUUCCCCGUCUGUGAUUUCUUGAAGAGGGACAACGCUCUGAGCUGGACGACCUCUGACGACAUGUGCCACAGCGACUCUGACUGUGACAUGGAGGAGAUGGAGCUGCGCUCCUACAAGAUAAGCCAUCCAAGUCAGUGUCCAGAGAUGCUCUUCUUCCUCUGCAGAAUGCUCGCUGGUCCUCUGAGGGCGCUGUGCUGGACCACCACUGCUCUGGACCUCAUACACACACCUCUGCCAGAGGCAGAGUUUAUGGCUCAGAUACAGUCCUAUCUGUGUGACACAGAAAAUACUAAGAAGCAGCACUAUGAGAGCUGCUCGCAGGAGGCUGCACACACUGCUGUUAGAUCACUAAUAGACCUGGGGGUCAUCUCGGAGCAGCGUCAGAGAGGAGGCGUCUUCCUGGGUGUCGGCCCUUUGUUCCAGUUGUCAGAGAACCGGAAGAAGUUGCAUCGCUUCAUCUCACAGUACCUCUACAAUUAAGCUGUUUGCCGGUGCAGCGUGACUCCAGGCUGCACCCGGCUCUGUUGUGCUGCAGUCUGACCUCAUCCUCUGUUUGCGUCACAGAGGCUCGUGUUCGCUGUUAAAAGAGAUUCACGCUGAGCCGGGACGCUCGCGCCUUUAGGUUAAUUGCAUUUUGAUUUUUGAGUGAUGAGACCCUGAUUUUAAGUUUAUCUUUAGUAAUAGCAUUAGCAUAAAGCCACAGGAGACGAGGAUUAUGAAGUCCCUGUAAUCAGCUGUGAGGUCUCUGCAGCUCGUGUUGGGACCGUGUUCAUGUUGUAACCACGGCCACACAAGUUCUGUUUGUAACAUGUACAUCAAGCUUUGUUCUGCUUUUCUAGUUUUUCACAAGUUAAUCAGUUAACCAAUGUUCAAACUGACAAUAAACAAGUUUGUU